UAAAAAGAGAAAAAUCAGCUUCAUCUCUCUAAAACCUCACGUUUGUCCGCCAUUUUGAAAAUUCAGAGGCCCGGUCACAAAGCAAUCAACUCGGAUAAUGUAACGAUCACCAAUGCAGGAACGCCUGCUAGAUCUUGACUUCUUCGGUGUACUAGUUACUAGAGAAAUGGCGCAGGUUUGCCCGAGUUGAAAGCAAUAGAAUGCCUUUUAUAAAGAGGCUGAUAUUCGGAUUAGCAACUUUGAUUGUAGUCCUAGAAUUGGUGCUGCUCCUAUUUUUCGCAGGAAGUCAUUCUGAGCUAGAAGUUGUCAAGGAACUGAUCACAACCAAAGCUAGCGUUGUUCAGGAUGUGCGGAGUAAUGUAAAGGAAAGGCGACAAACACAAAGACCGACUCAAUCCCCACGGAUUCCCGCUGCUUUGAUAGAAAGAAAGCAAAAGAAAGAACUUAUCCACAUUAGCAUAGUUAUUUGUGGUUCGCGCAAAGAUGAAGCCCUCACAAUGCUAAAAUCCAGCAUUCUAUUCACAAACAGAACACUAGUGUUUCACAUAUUAGCUGAGUCUGGACUUCAUGAUGGCCUCAAAUCAGUUCUGGAUCAUUGGCCUUGUGUCGAGGGCAAGCAAGUUAGCUACAAGAUCCACCCUCUCAAGUUUCCUGAAGGUCAAAAGCCAGAUGAGUGGAAAAAAUUGUUCAAGCCUUGUGCAGCACAGAGGCUGUUUUUACCUGACAUUCUUACGGAAGUUGACAGCCUAAUAUAUAUGGACAUAGACACAUUAUUCCUGUCUCCAGUACAAUGGCUAUGGGAUCAAUUCAGCAACUUCAACUCUUCACAACUGGCGUCAAUGACUCCAGAGGGAGAGGUGUCAGCCACUGGCUGGUACAACAGAUUUGCACGCCAUCCUUACUAUGGCAAGCUGGGCCUUAAUUCUGGAGUAAUGCUGAUGAAUCUAACGCGAAUGAGAUCAUUUGGCUGGCAGGAGAAGAUAUUACCUAUAUACAACAAGUAUCGCUUUGAUAUUACAUGGGGAGACCAGGAUAUCCUGAAUAUACUUUUCCACUACCAUCCAGAGUUGGUGUACGUGUUGAGCUGUGAGUGGAAUUACCGUAAUGAUCACUGCAUCUAUGGCAACAACUGCAAAACAGCUGAUACUAAUGGUAUCUAUAUAUUGCAUGGCAACAGAGGCGUGUUCACCAACAACAAGCAACCAGUGUUUAGGGCUGUUUAUGAGGGUAUAGAAGACGCUAAACAAGCUGGUGGAAUCAAGGAAGCUGUGAACGCUCUUGAGAGGCGACUUGGGUCACAUCGGAAAGGUUACUGUGGAAAAGCUGUUGAUGCAUUGUUGAAGUUUCCCAGGCAGCUGUCCGCCUCUUAGUGCUGUUUUAGAGUAGUUUUCAAAAUCCGGUGCAACAAAAUUAUUUAAGUGUAAUAGUCAAGCCAGAGCAAAAGAGAACAUUAGUGUAUUAGUACUAAAAAAACUAAAUAGUAUUUCACAGGUUUUUGAAAACCACUCUAGUAUAAAAGGCAUUUUAUUAUUUAUUACCAUUUUCUUACACAGGUUUGUACAACAAUGAUUGCACAACACAUGCUUACAAGAAUACUACACAACCAUAACAGCACACAAUUUUCAGACUUUGUAUUGCCCUCAUCGAGGGGGGCGUAUUAAAGAAAACCCUUACGCCCCCCUCCUCAUCACAUGUGUUAUAGUUUCCACUGUUAUCAUAUACAAGAAGAAAACAAAUAUGGCACAGAGAAUAUUUAUAAAGGGUUUAAGAUAUGUGACUAUUAGGAUAAAUGUUACAGCUUGGAAAGUCAUCUCCCAUGAUUAAACUAUCAUGUAACUUAUCAAUUCCUGCAUAUUUGAAAUUUACAUUGCUUUGUAUCACAAUAGAAAAAUUUCACGUU